UGUAAAAAAAAAAAUAUGUGGUCAGUUUUGUGUUGAUCCACGUGCUCUCAAAUAUUUUUAAAAGGUUAUUGUUAUUAAAUUGUAACAAUGGAAGUAGAAAGUAAUAUUGAAUGUUUUUGGAGUGAUCUUAAAACUCACCCAAAAUGUCCUCACGGACCAACUUUAUUAUUUGCAAUGCGUGUUAAGGAUGAUCUCAAACAUUUUUACGCGUGCUCGGCCUGCCGAGACCGAAAACUGUGUAAAUUUUAUUUAAAGAAAGACGGAGAACUGUCAGAAAAUGAGAAAAAAAAAUGGCAAAAUGAAAUUAAAACUUACAGCCAAAUGUAUAAUCACCAGAAAAGUUACAUACGAUUUCAUGAGUUGCUUUCUGAGCAACCUGAAAGAAGAGCGUAUUGUCAUACGUGUGAAAAAUUAAUUUCAGUUAAUGAAAUUUCUAAACAUUCAGAGCAUGAAGUUGUCAAAAAUAUUUCCAAUGACCAGAUGUACAACCCUACAACUCUUUUGAAACCUCGUACUGACUCUAAAAAGGAGGCUCAGUAUUUAUUUUCAAAGAAAGCGACUUCUGAAAUUGUUGAUUUGUUGAUAAAUCUUGGAGCCAAGCAUGUUUUGUGCAUUGGAGCUCCUAGAAUUCAUGAAUAUAUUUCUCAAAAUCAUGAGGAUAAAUUGUCUAGUCUUUUGCUAGACUUUGAUGGAAGAUUUCAUGAUUUCUUCGGACCUCUGAGCUUCUGCUGGUACAAUCUGUUCAAUCAUCACUUUUUUAAUAAAGAAUCACAGUCUGUAUUCAAGGAUUUCAUGACACAGAAUAACGGAAAAGAUAUUUAUGUGGUAUGCGACCCACCGUUUGGUGGUAGGGUUGAACCUAUGUCGCAAACUAUUAAAACUAUCAGCGAUUUACAUAAAAAAUGGAAUGGAUUGUCUCAAGAUGAUGAGCUGAAAGUAAUGUUAUUUAUGCCAUAUUUCAUGAAAUCAAUCAUACAAUUUAAAUCAAAUCCUGCUGGUGUGGAUGGUGGUUUGAAAGAGUUAAAAAUGGCUGAAUAUAAAGUUGACUAUGACAAUCAUACCUUGUUCAGUUCUAGAUCUAAUGGACGAAAGUUUGGAAGUCCUGUUCGUAUUUUUACAAACAUUCCGCUCAAUUUGAUCAAACUUUCAGAGGAUGAUGGAUACAAGUAUUGCAAAAGAUGCGAUAAAUGGGUCGGAGCUGAAAACAAGCAUUGUAAAAAAUGUAAAGCUUGUACAAGUGAAGACGGUAGACGGUACAAGCAUUGCAAUAUAUGUAAUCGCUGUGUUAAACCUACUUGGAAACAUUGUCAAAAAUGUAAGCGUUGUGCGCUCGAAAAACAUUUCUGCGGGUCGAAACCUAAAAUCAGUGGUCAUUGCACUGAAUGUAAUAAAACAGAUCAUGUUAGUAAAGACUGUCCAGAAAUUGUUGGUGCUGUGAAUGACUCUUCAGCUAAAUCAUCAAAGAAACGAAAAGCUAGUGAUGAUAAUUCGAUGAAAAAUAAUAAAAAACACAAAUUAAAUGGUUUAGAUACGAUUGAGUUGAAGAAGAAUAAGAAGAAGAAAGAUAAAAAAAUAAAAAAGCUUCAGGAGGAUGAAAUAGUUGAAGAAGAAAAGAAUAAUGGAGUAGAAUUUACUAAGAAGAGUAAGUUAAAUAAAACCGAGAAGAAAAAAUUAAAAAUCAAAGAUGUAAGAGGGGAAAUUACUGAAACAGGCGAAGAAAAUGGACAUGUAAAAGAAAAAACAGCUGAUAAAACAAUGAACGGAGAAAAAAAAAGCGAUGACAAUUCUAAAGUGAAGAAAAAAAAAAGGAGUUUAACAAAACUAGAAAGCGGUUCAAAAAUUAUGUUACAUAAGAAAGUUAAAAAUGUAAAUUCAAAGUUAAAUUUGAAAAAGAUUAGCAAAUAAAAUUUUUUAAUAAUAUAUUGUAUGCUUGUUAUUCAUUAUUUUAAAUCCCGUAGCUAUUAUACAAUGACGUAGAUCAUAAGAUAAUAUCUUUAUAUGCCUUUAAGCAUAAAAAAAUAAUCUUGAGAGUGCCCUAUUGUGAGAUAUGAUCCCGGCAUUCUUGUAGUGAACGUUUUUAGAAUUUUAAAUAACUAAUUGUAGUGAAAUGUAUAAAAACCUUGGCGCUCUUUUGGUUGUCAGCAGAAUACUUUCUUCCACCGAGUUUGCAGCAACGAAAAAUUUAGUGAGCUGGUAACAGUUAUCAAAGCUCUGAAAAGAA